UUUGUUGGUUCACAGCCUAAGAUCAGCAGCAGCAUGAGCUUGAACCCGAACGCCAAGACCUUCUCCUUCAACCCGUCGGCGUCGACGUGGGCGCCCCCGAUCCCGUCGGGCGCGCCGCCUGCCCCCAAGCCUGCGGCGCCCGCUCCGCCGGCCGCCCCCGCUGCCCCUGCGCCGGUGGCCGCGCCCAAGCCGGCGGCGCCCAAGUCGCCGGUCAAGACCGUCGCCAAGGCUGCGCCCGUCGAGGAGAAGAAGCAGGUCGAAGAGAAGAAGCCGGCUGUUGUUGAGGACGCUGAGGAAGAGGUCGAGCUCAUUGGCGAAGAGGAGAUUGGCGAGGAAGAUCCCCGCGAGCACAUCAACGUUGUCUUGAUCGGCCACGUCGAUGCUGGCAAGUCGACGCUCUCGGGCAACAUCUUGUACCUUAUGGACAUGGUCGACAAGCGUACGAUCGAACGCUUCGAGAAGGAGGCGAAGGCGCGCAACCGCGACUCGUGGUUCCUUGCCUUUAUCAUGGACACGGGUGAAGAGGAGCGCGCCAAGGGCAAGACGGUCGAGGUCGGCCGCGCCCAUUUCGAGACGGCCAGCAAGCGCUUUACGAUCCUCGACGCACCGGGCCACAAGAACUACGUGCCCAACAUGAUCCAGGGCGCGGCGCAGGCCGAUGUCGGUAUCCUCGUCAUCUCGGCGCGCAAGGGCGAGUUCGAGACGGGCUUUGAGCGCGGUGGCCAGACGCGCGAGCACGCGAUGCUUGCCAAGACUCUCGGUAUCAACAAGCUCGUCGUCGUCAUCAACAAGAUGGACGAAGCCAAGUGGGGCAAGGAGCGCUUCGACGAGUGCGUCGAGAAGCUCCGCCCGUUCCUUCGCAGCUGCGGCUUUGCCGUCAAGCGCGAUGUCGCCUUCAUCCCGAUCUCGGGUCUCUCGGGCGAAAACAUCAAGACCAAGGUCGAGUCGUCGGUCGCGCCGUGGUACGAAGGCACGUCGCUCAUUGACCACCUCGACACGAUGGCGAUCCUCGGCCGCAACCCGCAGGGCGCUCUCCGCGUCCCUGUCCUCGACCGCUACCAGGAGCGUGGCACCAUCGUGCUCGGCAAGGUCGAGUCCGGUGUCCUCACGACGGGCCAGAAGCUCGUGAUCAAGCCGACCAACACGCGGACGACCGUCGCGCAGGUGUACAUCAAUGAAAAGCCUGUGCGCACGGCCAAGCCCGGCGAGAACGUGCUCAUGCGCCUCACGUGCAACCUCGAAGACCUCCAGAAGGGUUUCGUGCUCUGCCCGGCGCCGGCCGACGACGUCAAGCCCGUCACGAGCUUUGUGGCGCAGAUCGCGUUCGUCGACAACUUGGAGCACCGCCCGCUGCUCACGGCUGGCUACAAGGCCAUUCUGCACAUUCACACGAUCGCCCAAGAAUGCACGAUCUCCAAGCUUCUCCGCCCCGUGGACCCCAAGACGGGCGAGAUCCUCAAGAAGAAGGUCAUGUUUGUCAAGACGGGCCAGAGCGUCGUGUGCCGCAUUGAAGUCGACCAGAGCAUCUGCAUUGAGACGUUCGAUCACAUCCCGCAGCUCGGCCGCUUGACGCUCCGCGACGAAGGCAAGACAAUCGCGAUCGGCAAGGUCAUCAAGCUCGAGCCCAAGGAGUAAAUGACACGAAAAUGAACAUGACGUACGGUCCAUGACAGUCUAUCUCUUGCAA